AUCUCCUACUCCAGCCACCAAAAUGGAAGAAAAUGCCAACACCAGCUUUGAGGAGGAUUUUGAAGGACAGGCAACACACACAGGGCCCAAGGGUGUGAUCCAUGACUGGAGAAAGUUUAAACUAGAGAGCCAAGACAGAGAAUCUUUACCCUUGAGCAAGAAAGAAAUUCUGAAACAAAUGUCUACACCACACAGAUCUUUCAGUAAAGAUGACAAAGACACCAGAGAGAGAUUCUCCCGUAAGAUGAGCGUGCAGGAGUACGAGUUGAUCCAGGACGAGCCAGAAGAUGAAAGCUGCCUACAGAAAUACCGCAAGCGCUGCAUGCAGGACAUGCACCAGAGGCUGAGCUUUGGGCCCAAGUACGGCUACGUGAGGGAGCUGCAGAACGGGGAGCAGUUCCUGGAGGCCGUCGAGAAGGAACGGAAAUCCACCACUGUCAUCGUCCACAUUUACGAAGAUGGUGUCAAGGGCUGCGAGUCCCUCAACAACAGCCUGACCUGCCUGGCUGCCGAGUACCCCACUGUCAAGUUCUGCAAGAUCAAGGCCUCUGACACGGGUGCUGGAGACCGCUUCUCCAGCGAAGUGCUUCCCACCCUCCUGGUCUACAAGGGCGGGGAGCUCCUCAGCAAUUUCAUCAGCAUUUCAGAACAGUUCAACGAGGAGUUUUUUGCUGUGGAUGUGGAGUCUUUCCUAAAUGAGUAUGGGCUGCUACCUGAGAGGGAGCUUCCAGCACUGGGAAACGGUGACACGGAUGAGCAAGAUGUUGAGUAA